CGUUCAGAUCAGAUCGACUCACCAACAUAUUUCUGUUCCGCUGGCAAUCGAUCGGGGCUCCACCUUUCUCUCCUCUCCCGACCUUUGGCCCUCUGCAGGAGCCAGCGGCCCCCCGAAACCCUGAAAGCAAAUCCAAGCACUAAACAAGAGAGGAAACCAAGAGGCAAAAGAACAUAAAUCACAGCGCUCUCUCUCUCUCUCCUUCCCCUCCUAUGUCUUCAGCUCUCCGACGAAUGUCGACUUCUCCCUUCUCCUCCUGUGCUUUCCAGCAGAGGACCUCUUCGUGGUGGCCCUCCCGUCGCCCUCCAUCCACUCCUACCUCACGCAGAUCGCUCGUUGUCGCCGCUGCUGCCUCCAAUUUCGCCAAUGAGAACCGCGAAUAUGUUAUAGUCGGUGGGGGCAAUGCUGCGGGAUAUGCUGCUCGGACUUUUGUCGAGCAUGGGAUGGCAGACGGCCGGCUCUGUAUCGUUUCCAAAGAGGCUGUUGCACCAUACGAGCGACCAGCUUUGACUAAAGGUUAUUUGUUUCCGCUAGAUAAGAAGCCGGCACGCCUACCUGGAUUUCAUACUUGUGUUGGAGCUGGUGGUGAGAGGCAAACCUCAGAAUGGUACAAGGAGCAUGGAAUUGAGGUCCUAUACGAAGAUCCAGUGGCUGCCAUUGAUAUCCAGAAUCAGAUAUUAACGACAUCAUCAGGCAACCAUCUUAAGUAUGGCUCUCUUAUAAUUUCCACUGGUUGCGCGGCUGUAAGAUUUCCAGAAAACAUUGGAGGAAACCUACCAGGUGUUCAUUACAUUCGUGAUGUUGCUGAUGCUGAUUCUUUAGUGUCCUCAUUGGAAAAAGCAAAGAAGGUGGUUGUUAUCGGUGGUGGUUAUAUUGGCAUGGAAGUAGCUGCCGCAGCUGCUGGUUGGAACCUUGAUAUUACUAUCAUAUUUCCUGAGGAUCGUAUAAUGCCAAGAUUAUUUACACCAUCUCUUGCUCGGAGAUACGAAGAGCUUUAUCAGAAAAAUGGUAUCAAGUUCAUCAAGGGAGUUCUCAUUGACAAAUUGGAAGGUGGUACUGACGGAAGAGUGGCUACUGUUUUACUUAGAAAUGGAUCUAUUAUAGAAGCAGAUACGGUCAUUGUUGGAAUUGGAGCAAAGCCAGUUGUCAGCCCAUUUGAGGCUGUUGGCUUAAACAACAAUGUUGGUGGAAUACAGGUUGAUAGCCUUUUCCGAACAAGCAUACCUGGUAUUUUUGCUAUAGGAGAUGUAGCAGCAUUUCCAUUAAAGAUCUAUGAUCGAAUGGCACGAGUGGAACAUGUUGAUCAUGCUCGAAAGUCAGCACAGCAUUGUGUCAGGACACUUCUUACUGCACAUACUCAACCAUAUGACUACCUGCCAUUCUUCUACUCGAGGGUUUUUGAAUAUGAAGGAAGUUCAAGGAAAAUUUGGUGGCAAUUUUAUGGAGAUAAUGUUGGUGAUACAAUUGAAGUUGGAGAUUUUGACUUAAAAGUUGCUACAUUUUGGCUCGAUUCUGAAAGUAGAGUAAAGGGAAUUUUUCUUGAGAGUGGGAGCCCAGAGGAGUUUUCGUUGCUUCCUAAGCUUGCAAAAUCCCAGCCGGUUGUUGAUAGAGCUAAACUUCAAAGUGCAUCAUCAGUGGAGGAAGCUUUGGAAAUUGCAAGUAGUUCUCUAUGAACUGGUGCUGCAAUCUAGCUUGGAUGGCUCUUAUCAUUUUCGCUUCAAUAAUUCAUGCUUCAAUAGCAGUGGAUUAUGAGUAAUAUAAUAUUCUAAUCUUUGUUGAUCCUUUUAAUGCUAUUGCCACUUAGACUAGUGCCGGUUUUCUGGUCAACAAUCCAAUUCAGGAUAUGAGAUGGAUGGGUUUUAUCCCAUUAUUUCGAGUUUGUAGAGUAAAUUUGUAGAAUAAAAUUUUCAGAAACACAUUCCUGUUGUUAUGGAACAGGAGAUGAAGGAUAAGAUUAUCCUAACUGAUGCAUCUUCUCAUGGUAGACAAUGUUGGCUGCCAGCAACGAUCAAAGAAAGGAAAAGAUGAAUGUUUUGUAUUUUAUCUUGA